AUGGACGACUCGGCGAAGCGUUGCCUGAACUGCGAUGCGAGCUAUAAGGGCCUGAAGCGUUGCCCUCGAUGCAAGCAGGUGUACUUUUGCAACGCGACGUGUCAGAAGGAGGUAUGGAAGGAGCACGUCAAGGUAUGCGUGCCCAUCGAUGGCGAACCCGCUCAGCCUCCGCCGAAGCAGCCGUCGGCGGCGGCAGCUGCGAAACCGCCGGCCGACUCCCAAGCGGCCACCGCGGCUCCCAAGCCCGGGGAUCCUCCCGUACAGAAGACCCCGGAGCAGAUUAAGGCUGAUCAGCUGCUGCGCAUCAGGCACGAGAUCCUGCCCGAGGCGGCGAGGCUCAUGUCGGCGCGCGAGUUCGCCGACGCCGAGGAGCAGCUCGAGGACGGCGUCGCCAUCGCGUCCCAGUACGAUGAGAGGGAGCUACUGAACGAGCUAUCUUGCGCGCUUUCGAAGUGUUUUAUGAUUCAAGAUAAGUACAAGCAGGCGCUGGAGGCCCUGAACCCCGCUUUGAUGCACGCUCGGAGGGAGGGAGGGCCGGAGGCGAUGAGGCCUCACUCCAUCGCCGCGGAGAUUAACAAGGCCAAGGGCGACGUCGACCAGAUGCGAGUCGAGUUGAGAGCGCUCAUGGAGGCGGCGUCGGAGAGCAACGACGAACAGGAGCAAGGUGCGGCGCUGCUCCUCGCGGGGUGCCUGCUCUUCGACGUCGGGGACCUGAACGCCGCGGUGCCGCUGCUGUCGAGCGCGGCGACGGCGGGCGAGAAGCUGGGGAACCACAACAUGAGAGCCGGCGCCAGAAACCGCGCAGGCGCCGCGCUGCUGAGGAUGCGACAGCCGAAGCAGGCGAUUGAGGCUUGGAUGGAUGAGCUCAAGGUGCUCGAACAGGCGGGCGCGGAGGAGGCCAUGGCGGCGAUGAAGGUGAAGGAGGAGCCAAAGGAGGAGGAAAUUGAAAAGAAGAAGCCGGAGAUGCCGCCGCUCGGCGACACGCGCGGACGCAGGUGCAAGGCGCACGGAAACGUUUUCAUGGCGCAUUUGCUGAUGGGAACCAGACCUGCGGCGGAGGUGCAUCUGCAACACGCGCUCAGUAUCGCCAAGGAGCUCGGCAAGGAGGAGGAGGCAAGGGUGUGGCUCCAGUGCGGCAACUCGCACACCCUCGCUUCAGUGGAUGGCAGCAACGACGGCGACGCGACUGAGGCGUACAAAAAGUGUCUAGACCUGGCGAAGGAGGUGAAAAGUCUCGAGCUCAUCGCAGCGGCGGAGAAGGGGCUGAAGAAGGACCUCGACGUAGCAACCAUGUUGCGCGGUUAGUAG